AUAUCACAAGAACGUACUUUAGUUUCGCACUUGCAAAGCUCUAUCAUACUAAUUAACAAUGGUGAAACUAGUGUUGUGCUUAAUACUAUUCGUGGGGGCUGGUACCGUUCGCAGCGAGAUAUCCGAAGACAUUUUAUUCGAUGAAAUUCCGGUUGAACUUAAUAGUACCGACGAAAUCAGUCCAUUGAAUACUUGUACGAUCUCCAUUAAUGCCGGAGGAUUACCAGAGCCGCAACCAUUACUUAUACAUCCAAAUACCUUGAAUUUUGUGAAUCCGAACCGAAAUGGAAUUGUUACAGUUCCCGCAAAUCAGCAAAUUGAACUGUUCUGUUCCGGUAGUUUUGUCGCACCUUUUACUAACACUCGCACACUCUUUGCUACCUGUCAGACAGGAACAAAUUGGUUAGUUAAUGGACAAAGUCGAGUAUUCAAUACUCUUGCUUGUACUGGACAAGUCGCCCACACAGCUAGACGUACCGGACAAAGAUGUUUUGAUGGUUCGACACAUUCCGAAGUUGGAUUCAAUCUGGCUGCAAAUCGAUUUUUAGUCACUCACAAUAUUUGUCAUGACGAGGUGCAAGAGCAGACUCGUUACUCUUACUAUAUGCAAACACCAGCUAACUCGGGCUUUCAACGUAGUUUUCCAAGGCCGUCAUUCAUUACUGGUGACUAUUUCGGAGGCAGAAAUGUGAACAACUUAUAUACCCAAGUGGUUCAAAGGCAAACUUUAGCUAGAAUUCUCGGACAACAACGUGUCGAUGAAAUGUAUGCCAUACAUGCCGAUGCAUUUUUGGCUAGAGGACAUUUGAUGGCCAAUGCUGACAAUAUCUAUGGAUCGCAAAUGCGAGCUUCAUUCUACUUCAUCAAUGCACAACCUCAGUGGCAAACUUUCAACGGUGGUAACUGGGAAAGGGUUGAAGCAGGUGUAAGAACUUUCAUCGCUGAUCGAAAUCUCGAAUGUGAAAUUUAUACUGGAGUCCAUGGCGUUUUGUCACUGAGAGAUCAGAAUGGCAUUUUCCGAGAACUUUUCUUGGACUUUGAUUCUCAAGGACGCGGACUGAUUCCAGUGCCAUCGCUUUAUUAUAAAGUUGUGCUUCAUCGGCCCACAAAUCGUGGAAUCGUUUUCAUCGGAGUCAAUAAUCCCCACGCGACUUCAGCUGAUAUAGUCAAUCGACACACAAUUUGCACAGAUGUUAGCCACUUUGUCGAUUGGAUUUCAUGGACAACACCAGUCGGUCGCACAAGUAUUUUGCGCGGAUUUUCCUACAUGUGUACGGUGGCUGACUUCCGUCGUGUUGUUACCAAUUUACCGCCCAAUGUAACGGCUGGUUCGUUAUUGUUUUAAAUAAACGCACUUUAAAUAAAC